UUUCCGCCUGCCCUCCCCCCAUCGCCUCGCGUGCCGUUCUCCCCUGCCCGUCCCCCGCCCUCCAAUUCGUGCCCCCUGCUCCCGCCCCGCCCCGCCUCGCCUCCCCCCCUGUGUCUCUCCCGUCUUGGCCCCCCGGCCUCCGCAUCCGGCCCAAACGCCCCGAGACCCACGGCGGAGCCACUGAAUGGACUCCUUUAAGCCCAACUCCGAUCACUUGCCCCUCGGCCAGGCUCCGGCCCUGCCGACGGCCGAGUACGCCCGGCGAGGGAGACAGCUGGUCGAGCGUCUGCGCGAUAUCGCCGAGGACUUCUUCGACCCCGAUGGCCCGGAGUGCGCCGACUCCGGGCUGCCGCAGCUCCUCGGCCGCGCAGAGACUCCGGCCGUGCUGGCUUCCGUUCGGACCCUGAGCCGCGAGGUGCAGCUCCAUGUGGCAACGCUGCGGCGCCGGUCGAACGAGCUCACCAAACGCGCGUCCAAGUCCCGGCAGCGCCUGCUCGAGCUCCGGUCCGAGCGCUCGCACUUGGUGACCGCUGUGAUGAAUCUGCGCAAGAAGACCUACAAGUACCACGAUUUGAAGCUCGACCGGCCACUGCCCGGCCCGCCGGACACCUCGGACUUGGCCCCUGUGGCUGAGGAGCAGGAUCCGAUUCUCAAUGACCACCUCCACCGCGAGAACAUCGGCCUCCUGACGCGUGAGCUGGACCAACUGAAAGAAAUGAGCGUCUCCCUGGAGCGCAUCCGCCAGGAGCGCCGGAACUUGGUGGCCGCCGGGAGCGAGCACCAGCGCACACUGAAGGACUUGCUGACGUCGGCCGAGACUCUGGUUUACCAAUUCCAGUCCAUCAGCAACACCUUCAGCCUGGAUCAGACGACGCUGGAGGAGCGGCUGGACGCCCUGACGCCGGAGCUGCGCGGGGCGUACGACAUCUUCAGCGAGCUGGCGCGCGAGAAGAAUGCCUACUAUGCCGGGCUCAGACGCCCGGGCCAGUCGGCCAGCGAUUUGACCGCCGACCUGUCCUACAUGAUGCGGCCGCUGGUGUCCAUCAAUGUCGUGGGCGAUGUCAUCGAGGAGAAUGUUGCCCGGUCGGAGCGCCAGCGCGCCUCGGAGGCCCUCGGCUCGUCCAUGUUCCUGGGGGCCCUGGCGGGCGGGCGAAAGGCGCGCCGGACGGCCCCGGCCCCGGCCACGGCCACGGCCGAUGCCGAUGCCGAAGUCGAUGCCGAGGUCGAUGCCGAUGCCGAUGCCGACACCGAGCCCGAGCCCGAGCCCGCCGAUGCGGCCCCCUGUGCCCUGGAUCGCAUUGCCUCGCCCAUGUAUUUGGAUUUGCAUCUGGUGUACCCGGCGACCGGGACCCCGGCGGCCACCUUCCACUUCAAGAUCCUCUCCCUGGCUGUGGAUUUGGAGGCAGUGCUGGAGGCCUUGGAGUCCGGGGACCCGGACUCGCCGCAAGUCCGGGCACUGGUGGACAGUCUGGCUGCCAGCGGGCUGACCGAUGCGUCGGCCGCGCCCGGUGCCCUGGCCGAGCGCCUGGCCCAGCCGCUGCUGGUCGUGGCGGAGAGCAGCUCUCUCGGGUUCAUGCUGCCGGUGCUGGACCAGCUGCUGGAGCGAGCUCCCGAGGAGCACCGUCGCGGGGCGCCGGACCUUUUCGAUGAGGCCGGCCGCGAGGUGGGCAACUUUACCGGGCCCCCGGGGGCCGGGGCCGCCGGUCUCGGCUCGGGCGGUGGCAGUGGCCGGGCCCGGACGUAUGGCUGGCUGCAGCGCAUCGGCCGAAGCGCUGGCCAGUCGGCGGAUGUCAUCUUCGAUGGGGUUGACUCUCGCCGGACCCUGGCCCGGCGGGUGUUGGACCGGCUCCUGGAACGGACCAAUCUCCUGGUGGGCUUUGCUCUGACGUCGGGGCUGGUCAAGCGCAAGCCGCAGCUGCAGCUGCCCCGACUCGAGGCAACGCUGGACCUGGGACAGGCGCGUGCGGAGAUCGCCGCCAUCGAGAAGCUCAUGGCCACAGUACGCCAGUGCGAUUCCCAUGUGGAGGCCUGCCAUUAUGAUGAGAUGGACAUGACCUCGAUGAAUCGAAUUGUGAGCUUUGACAUUCGCCGGAGUAGCUACACCAUGCGCUUGGUGUUCCGCGUGCCACUCGCGCCGCCGAUCGAGGCCACCACCCCCUCAGUCAACUGGGUUGUGGCUCCUUUCCACUUUGAGGGCGAAGAGGAGGGCGGCGUGGUUGACGACCAGUCGGACCCCCUGGCGGCGAGCGCCCUCGAGGAGCAGCGCCAGGCCACCUCGCUGGCGAUCCAGCAGCGGAUCUUGCACUUCCGCGCCCAGGUGCCGGGGUUCCUUGCCAGCGACAUUGUGCCCUUCCCCUUCAUCACGCUGGAUGCCUGGGUGGCCAGCCUGUGCUUGAACCUGGUGGUCGAGCACAUCGCCGACAUCCAGGCGGUCGUGGGCCAGGCCGUGCGCCAUGGCAUUCGGCCCUGCCUGCGGGCCGAGCAGUUGAAGUUCGAUCCGCUGAACAAUCACCUGUACGUGGUUCCGCAUCCGGUGCCGGAGGAGGAGCGCCAUCAGCAGCCGGCCGGCUCCUCGGAGGAGUCCGAAGAGGAGGGCGCCCUGUCCAGCGACGGCGACCUGGACAUGGCCUCCGAUGAGGGGGAGAUCGAUGUGUACAUGAGCGACGGCGAGGUGCCCAGUGAUGACCGGCGGUCGCCGACCGCGAGCAGCCACUCAAGCAGCGGCAGCAGCGGCGACGGCGGCGGCGGCGGCGGCGGCGGCGGCGGCACUCGCCGCCCCCGCCACACUCCGGACGGUGACCGGUCCUGGUCGCCGGGUCUGCCCCGGCGGGAGCAGCGGCAGCAGCACCGGCCCCAGCAUGGCAGCGGCGCCAGCGACGGUGGGGAUGGUGGCGACAGCAGCGCCCUGACCGGGGACGAGCUUUCCCUGUCCUCCCUCGAUGGGGAUGCUCCGCUGGAGGAACUCUACAUCUCGGACCACCUGUCGAGUCCGCCGUCGUUCCACUCGGCCGCGUCCGGCAGCGAGCACUCGCGACACGCCUCGGACGGGGAGAUCGACGACUAG